CAUUAUCUCACCCCCUUUCCCUUAAAAUCCUCUAGAGAAAGCGCAAACACGAUAAUUCGAGGGAGACCUAGUCCUACCAAGGAUUUUGCUUCUGCUCGCGUUGAAGAUUGUAUCGGCAGCGGAGCGAUUCACGUCGAGGACCUCACCCGCAGAUUCAAAGCGGAUCAACCAAAAAAAGUUCUGCUUUUUGUUGAGAGGAGAGAGAAAAGGAGAGAUUUUGUGAGAUUGUUUGAUCGAUUUUGUUGUAUCAAGUAGCAAUAAUCAUCGUAACUGUGGAUUAUUUUUCUUCUUUUUUCCCCCUGUUGAUUGGGAAAAAGAUUUUGUUGGGAGUUUUGAAUUUGUUUAUUUUGCUGAUUAUCUGUGUAAUUGACGAUUUUUAAUAGAUCCCUUGUGUCUUUUUCCGAGGGUUAUUGUUUUUUGUUUAAGAAUUAUUGAUAUAUCCAGGCUAAAAAACAACUAUAGAUAAAAAAGAGAUAAAAUUUUGAAAGAAAAAAAAAAGAUUUGAUGGCAAGCCCUGGAUUUGUUAAGAGAACUAAUGGGCGCCUUGGCGUUACUGAACCAAUCUCGCUUGGUGGGCCGACUGAAUUCGAUGUGAUCAAGACCCAGGAACUCGAAAAGUAUCUUGCUGACGCUGGGUUAUAUGAAAGCCAAGAAGAAGCUGUUUCAAGAGAGGAAGUCCUUGGGAGAUUAGACCAGAUUGUAAAAAAUUGGGUAAAGAACAUAAGCAGACAGAAGGGUUUCAACGAACAAUUUGUGCAGGAAGCUAAUGCGAAGAUAUUUACUUUUGGAUCUUAUCGCCUAGGGGUACAUGGCCCUGGUGCUGAUAUAGAUACAUUAUGUGUUGGUCCGAGACAUGCAACUAGAGAGGAUGACUUCUUUGUAGAACUUCAGAACAUGCUGGCUGAGAUGCCAGAAGUGAGUGAACUCCAUCCCGUGCCUGAUGCACAUGUUCCUGUGAUGAAAUUCAAAUUUAGUGGGGUUUCUAUCGAUCUUCUAUACGCAAAGCUCGCACUCUGGGUGAUACCUGAAGACUUGGAUAUCUCACAGGACUCCAUAUUACAGAAUGCUGAUGAACAAACUGUCCGUAGUUUGAACGGGUGCAGAGUCACCGAUCAAAUAUUGCGUCUGGUGCCCAAUAUUCAGACUUUUCGUACAACCUUGAGAUGCAUGAGGCUUUGGGCAAAGAAACGUGGUGUUUACUCAAAUGUUUUAGGUUUCCUAGGUGGAAUUAAUUGGGCUUUGCUUGUAGCGAGGAUAUGUCAGUUGUAUCCUAAUGCUUUGCCAAGCACAUUGGUAUCUCGGUUUUUUAGGGUUUAUACACAAUGGCGCUGGCCAAAUCCAGUGAUGCUAUGUGAUAUUGAAGAGGGAAGUCUUGGUCUUCCUGUUUGGGACCCGAGAAGAAAUUUUAGAGACCGGACACAUCUGAUGCCUAUUAUCACGCCGGCUUAUCCUUCUAUGAAUUCCAGCUACAAUGUCUCGGCAAGUACACUGCGUAUUAUGACUGAUGAGUUCCAGCGGGGAAAUGAUAUUUGUAAGUUAAUGGAGACAAAUAAAGCUGAUUGGAAUACUCUAUUUGAGCCCUAUCCCUUCUUUGAGGCCUACAAGAAUUAUUUGGAGAUAGAUAUUGCUGCAGAAGAUGAAGAUGAUUUCAGAAAUUGGAAAGGCUGGGUCGAAUCACGUCUUCGCUUUCUCACAUUGAAUAUUGAAAGGCAAACAUUUGGGAAGCUUCAAUGUCAUCCUCAUCCACGUGAUUUUUCAGAAAAAUCCAAACCAUUGCACUGUUGUUACUUCAUGGGUCUUCAGAGAAAGCAAGGGGUACCAUCAAAAGAAGGCGAGCAAUUUGAUAUAAGGGCAACAGUCGAAGAUUUUAAGAGCAAUGUCGGCAGUUACAUACUAUGGAAACCUGGGAUGGAAAUCCAUGUUUCUCAUAUAAAACAAAGAAAUGUCCCGCUUUUUGUUUUUCCUGGUGGUAUGAGGCCCUCUCGUCCUCCUAGAGUCUCAAAACCUAAGGCCUCAAGUUUGACUCAUUCUCCUUCACAUAUGGAAACUUUUAGUGAGAAUGGUGACAAGUCUGUUGAUAUGGCCGAUGUUUCUAGCAUAAGGAAUCAAUUCGAUUCAGUUGUAUCUGUUGAUGUAGAAGAAGAAUCGAAAAAGAGGAAACAUGUGGAAGAUGCUGCAUCUAGAAGCCUAGCUGAUGUAAAGAGACCAGCUUUUGCAAAAUCACCAGAAACUAUGAACACUAUAGUUCAUGGUACUAAUGCUGAGGAAUCUGCAGUAGUUUUGUGCGCUAAAGAAGCUGAAGCACUUGAUAUUAAGAAUUUAAAUGGUUCUUCAUCUCCCACUGUGGUGGCUUUGCCUGAAGAGCUUGAUGAGCUUGGGGAUUGUGGAAUUCAAGGGAAGCCUGAAGAAGUUGGAGUUGCUGCAAAUGGCUGUUCUGCUGAUAAGUCUGAUGCAAAGGAUGUCAUAAUGCAAACGGGAAGUUUUGGUUCAAGCAAUCCUAGGAAUGGAGGCAUUGAAGAGCUCGAGCCUUUAGAGUUAUCUGCACCGGUUUACAGUGGGCUUCCUGCUCCAACAUCUAAUGCUCCAAAGAAGCCACUCAUCAGGUUAAGAUUAACUUCUAUAGCAGCAAAAGGAACUGGAGGAAGUUCUUAAAGAUGUACUUAGGCUAAACCUAUCCAUUUUCUUUCAAUCAGAGCAUAAAGAUGCUGGAAAAGGAUCUUGUAAUCGGCAAAGCUGUGUUAAUGCCAGCUUUGUAACUUUAUGCAUCCAUGCGGAGGAUAAUGGACCUGCAUCUGUAAAAAAAAAAUCCAGAAUAUAUUAUAAUUAAAUAAAUAUAAAUAUGUUUCAAU